AGUUGUCAUCGAUGCCACGAAAGGAAGGUGAAGUGUAGCGGCGGCCGUCCGUGUCAGAAUUGCCAACAGUCUGACAAAGCGAACGAGUGCUCGUUUCCGCAAAGGAAUAGGACUGUAAAGGUCCCGCAAAGUUUACUUGAUGAACUAUUCCAGGAGAUUGAUAGACUGAAGCGGCAGAGUACAUCUCGGCCACAUUCAGACGCCCGCACAGCGGAAAACGAUGAGCCCCACGACACAAAUACUCCCGAAGGAAGUGCCGUACAAUCACUUCAGUCUCCCCUAGACCUUCAGCCAGAAUCAUCUGCAGAGUCCGCGGGAAACGAAACAAGUCCAGCAAUCAGUAUCGAUCCAUGGUUCGACAGUUUGAAUGUCUUCAGAAGCCCUGUCCUCAUCGGCGAGGCUGCCGACGCCGCUUUCGCAACUCGAUUUCGCCAGGUCAUCACGGACCCGUCAGCUCCCGAGCCUAUCCACCUCAUACGACUGACUUAUGCCUCCAACGAGUCCAUGAUGUCGCUGGCUCAUGUCAACACAACAUGGCCUGGGCCUUCUCGCGCCAAGUUCCUGCUUGAGGCUGCCAUGAAGUAUAUUGGGCGUUCAUAUCACAUAGUGGAAGCACAAGCAAUUACAGAAAGUUGGAAGCAGAAUACUCAUGACGCGAGCCCGGAAGCCAUAGCCCUUCGUUGUAGAACUUGGGCCUUGUUUGCUAUCGGGGAGCUCUACAUCUCCAAAUCCACCAGUGUCCACGGUUUCCCUGGAAUGGCAUACUUUGCGCAAGCAUCCAAAGCUUUAGGAUACCUUGAUGAGCGCCCCGAAGUCGAAACCGUCGAGCUUUAUCUUCUUUUGUCUUUCUACUCCAUGGCUCUAAACCGACGAUAUAGUGCGUACGUCUUUGCGGGCACUGCCGUCCGUGUCGCUGUUGUCAUCGGUCUACACCUCAACAUCCCGGAGUCUCAAUUGCCAGACCCCAUGGUUCGCCGACAUCGGAAAAGCCUCUUUUGGACUGCAUAUAUCAUAGACCGACUCUAUGCUGCGAACCUAAAUCACCCGCCGGCAAUUCAAGAUGAUGACAUUGGCGUUGACCUACCUUGCGAGCCAUCUACUUCGAGCUCGGCCGAUAGCCGUGGUGACUCUGAUUACCAUGUUGCCGAUAUCAGACUAGCUGGUCUACUUACUUCCAUAAUCCGGUCUGUCUACAGCGUCCGAACGCAAGCCGAAGGUACAUGCGCAAACCUCUCAAGCCGCGUACAAGGCUGUCUCAAAGAUCUACAAUCCUGGUUUGAAAUCUUACCUCGGCCGUUACAAAUAGGAGAUAAAUCUCUGAACGAGCCUCAUGAUCAUAAAGUUGUCUCUCUCCAUCUGCGUUUCUAUCAGUGUGUGAUUUUAGCUACUCGACCACUUUUGCUGCACGCUUUGCGAAUUCAGGUUGCCAGCUCGCGUGCUGGAUCGUCUCCAGCAACAUCCAGCAUCCCUGCCGAAGCGACAGCACUGUCAAAGGCAUGCAUACGGUGCGCUCAUCAGUCUACAAGACUACUCACGCGAGCAUGGAUCGAUGGAAUCUUUGUGACUUUUGAUUGCUUCUUCACACAACACCUCUUCUCGUCAUUGACGAUCCUCGCCAUUUCGAGUCUCUUGGAUGGGAUAGGUAGUCGUCAUGAUCGAGAUGUUUAUGAGGAGGCGUGUCGUCUCCUCGACCAACUAAAAAUGGCUGGGAACAUGGUGGCCCAGGAAUAUAGUCGCCAUGUUGAAGUCAUGGAGUCAACGAUGUUGUCGAACCUAAAAGCACAUACCCAAUCCCAAUCAGAUGGAGUAGCGGACCCUUGCGACGAUACUCUCACCCAGGAAAUUGAUCAAAACUUAGCUGAUGGGGUAGUCCCAGCAGCUGGUAUACCUUGGCCAGAGCCUUCGUUGCAAGAGCUGCUGUCCCAACCAGUGCUAGAUGUUCACUUCUUGGAGGCUGCUGUUCGAGGAGAGCACUCGCAAGGGAUUCAUUGGCCAGAUGUGUAUGUAGAUAGGUGA